AUGGCCAUCAAUGGCGGAGCUGCGGCCACGACUGCUGCGUCGAUAGUGAUCAACUGUACGGCAUCGCUGGCCACCAGUUACCAGGAGCAGUACGUCAGCGUACAGUUCAGCGAUGGCCUCCAGCGUCUGGACGAGCGUCCGGCCCUCGCGGCAUCGGUGCCCGGCUGUGCCCGCGCCUGCCUGUCGUGGAAGAAGCUGAUUCUGGUGGCCCUGUUCUGUCUGCUGAUCGUCAUCACCGUCGUCGGCAACACGCUGGUGAUACUGUCCGUGCUGACUACGCGUCGGCUCCGGACCGUCACCAACUGCUUCGUGAUGAGUCUGGCCGUGGCCGACUGGCUCGUCGGAAUCUUCGUGAUGCCGCCGGCCGUUAUCGUGUUCGUCGUCGAGUCCUGGCAGCUCGGGUGGAUACUGUGCGACAUUUGGAUAUCGCUCGAUGUGCUGCUCUGCACAGCCUCGAUACUUAGCCUCUGCGCCAUCAGCGUCGACAGGUACCUGGCGGUCACACAGCCACUGACCUACUCCAAGCGGCGGCGCUCGAAGCGCCUAGCGCUCGUGAUGAUCUUUAUCGUCUGGCUCGUCGCGCUGGCCAUCACUUGCCCACCGAUUCUCGGCUGGUACGACCAGGACCGAAGGACACUGCAAAGCUACGAGUGCCAUUACAACCAAAACAAGGGUUACGUGGUGUUCUCCGCCAUGGGCUCCUUCUUCAUCCCGAUGACCGUCAUGCUGUACGUCUACUCCAAGAUAUGCUGCGUGCUUACAUCGCGCCAAAAUCGAAUCACCAAAACCGAGGCCACGGAGAAGGGCUGCGACAUCGAAGUGGACAACUGCACCUCGGAUGUCGACAGCAGCCCGCGACAGAUCGUGGCCGGCGGUGCCUACGGAGGCCGACAGCUGACCACCGCACACUACACGAACUGCGGCAGUAGCAACAACAACUCCCACCAGACACUGUACGAGUUCCUCAGUUCCGCACGCAACACUCCGAACGCGCUGUCACGCACGCAGACCACGACCCGUAAUGGCAGCAAUGCGAGCGGAAUGUCCCGAUUCUCCGGUGCCACCUUCGAGCUGCGGCCCAUCAACACGGUGCAGUUCAGCGCGAGCCAGAUAUCGCUCUCGGAGUCGUGCGCCUCGAACGUGACCAACACCACCAAGGUGCGGCUGCACGGGAAGCGGAUACCGAUUCGCAUCUCAUCGCUGAAGCGCGAAACCAAGACCGCCCAGACGCUCAGCAUGGUCGUCGGGGGCUUUAUCGCCUGCUGGCUGCCGUUCUUUGUCUACUACCUGCUGAUGCCCUUCUUGCCGGACGCGUCGAAGAGCGACGACCUGAUGGAGUUCCUGACGUGGCUCGGAUGGAUUAAUAGCGCCAUCAACCCGUUCAUCUACGCAUUCUACAACGUCGACUUUCGGGUUGCGUUCUGGCGGCUGACUUUGCGGAAAUUUUUCAAGAACAAGCACAACCUGACCUUCAUCAAGUCGUAG